AGUGACCGAGCGUCCGGCCCCGAAGCCCACUCGCACUCUCGCCCUUAUAGGGGCAAGUCCGGGAGGGGAAGAGUAGCGGCUGCGCUCUCUGGGCGUGACCGCUUGGGCCUUCCCACCGCGCCCUGGAUAUGCGCGGCGGGACCUGUCUGGGGGGUGCCGGGGACUGGCCAAGCAUUGCGGACGUGUGGCCGCCUCCAGCAGCUUUGCUUAUCCUGUCUGACCGCAACACCCCGUGCUGCCUAUAGAGUGGUUUCUGGCCAUCUCGGAAGGUCUCUGAGGGCCUACUCUGACUGAGGCUGCUGGGUCCCUCCUGCUGACUCCUUCCCGACUGCCUAAUCGGCCCCGAUUAGCUACAGGGGCAACAGAGGGAGGACUCAUUCCGGGGGAGACAGAUCAGAGAGCCCCAGAGUGAAGGAGCCCAAGCUCUGCAAGAAGGUGAAUGUGGAGGAAGGAAGAUACCACAUCUGACUUGAGAUCUUUGGCUAGAGCUUAGGGGCAGAAAGGAGUAAAUCCUGGAACUGCUUGUGCUUUAGCCAUUUUCUGAUUCACCUGCCUGGUUAGAUAGCAAUUGGGUGACAGCAGAACAUCCAGAAGCCAUUGAGAAGUGGGUGACCAUGGAAGAUCUGACCCAAAGGCUUGGGGAGAGAGCUCUGCUUUCUCAGGAUUCUACCCUUCCCCAAGAGGGGAGCAUGAAAGAAGAGAGAAUUAACUCUGGGCUCCUGACAGCCAAAUCCCAGGAGUCAUUGACGUUCAAGGAUGUGGCUGUGGACUUCACCCCGGAAGAAUGGGGGCAGCUGUACCCUGCUCAGAGGGACCUGUACAGGGAAGUAAUGCUGGAAAACUAUAGGAACCUGGUCUCAUUGGGGCAUCAAGUUUCCAAACCACAUUUGAUCUCCCAGUUGGAGCAAAGAAAAGAACCUUGGAUGAUGGAGAGAAAAAUUCCAAGAGGGAACUGCUCAGACUGGGAAACUAGACCUGAAACCAAGGAAUCUACUCCAAAGGAGAAUAUUGGUAAAGAAGAAUUGCAGGAGGUGAUAAUGAAAAGAUUCCCAAGGGAUAAUCUUUGGUGUUCCACAAUUGAAAAAGCCUUGGAAUAUGAUGAACAGUUAGGGAGGCAGGAAAGAAUCAAGGAGAGAAUGUUAAAACAAAUGUCAGUCACCCACAAGAAAAACUUCAGUGGUAAGAACCAUUCUGAAUGUAAUGAACUUGGAAUAAGCCUUAGUCUAAGAUCAAUAUUUGUUACUCAACAGAGAAGUUCUGUAGAAACGAGAUAUAAUAAAUGUGAUACAUGUGGAAAGGUCUUCAAACAUAAUUUAGAUCUAGUUAAGCAUCAGCAAGUCUGUGUAAGGAAGAAACCCUAUGAAUGUGAUGAUUGUGGAAAAACCUUCAGUCAGAUUUCAUACCUUACCCAACAUCGGAGAAUUCAUACUGGAGAGAAACCCUAUGAAUGUAGUGAAUGUGAGAAAGCCUUCAGCCAAAUUUCAUACCUUACCCAACAUCGGAGAAUCCAUACAGGAGAAAAACCCUAUGAGUGUAGUGAAUGUGGGAAAACUUUCAGCCAGCGUACACACCUUACUUGGCAUCAGAGAAUUCAUACUGGUGAGAAACCCUAUAAAUGUAAUGAAUGUGGGAAGGCCUUCAGUAUCACCUCAUCACUUAAUAAACACUGGAGAAUUCAUACUGGAGAAAAACCCUAUGAAUGUAUUGAAUGUGGAAAAGCCUUUAGCCGAAGUACAGCCCUUACCCAACAUCAGAGAAUUCAUACUGGAGAAAAACCUUGUCAUUGUGAUGAAUGUGGAAAAGCCUUUAGCAGAAGAACAGCCCUUACUCAACAUCAGAGAGUUCAUUCAGGAGAGAAACCCUAUCAUUGUAACGAAUGUGGAAAAGCCUUCAGACAGCACAGAGCCCUUACUCAGCAUCAGAGAAUUCAUACAGGAGAGAAACCUUAUCAAUGUAGUGAAUGUGGGAAAGCCUUCAGCAACAGGUCAUCCCUUAUUCAGCAUCAGAGAAUUCACAGUGGAGAGAAACCCUAUGAAUGUAAUGAAUGUGGGAAAGCUUUUAGUUGGAGGACACACCUUACUCAGCAUCUAAGAAUUCAUACAGGAGAGAAACCUUAUCAAUGUAAUGAAUGUGGGAAAGCCUUCAGUGACAGGUCAUCUCUUACUCAACACCAGAGAAUUCAUACAGGAGAGAAACCCUAUCAAUGUAAUGAAUGUGGGAGAGCCUUCAGCCGCAACUCAUCUCUUACUAAACAUCAGAGAAUUCAUGUUGGAGAAGAACUGUAUGAGUUAAAUUAACCUAGGGAGUUAUUGAGUUGAAAUAGACAUGUUAUUAAUUAAUUCAUAGUGUAAAGGAGCACUAUGACAAGAAAGAUCUUUCUUAUACAAACUCAGACCACAGUGGAGAUCAAUGCAAAGUCUCUGAAGAAUAACACUGGAAAUGAAGUGGAUUUACAGAAAUUUCUUUCAGAUUCAUAAAUAUCCUUAAAUUAUACAGUCAUAUAAUUUGAGUUGAAAGGGACAUCAGGGAUAAUUUGAUACAAUUUGUUCCCAAGCAGAAAUUUCUCUAAAAUAUCUGUACCAAGUGAUCACUCGCUUGGUUCCCAGUAUGGAAGAAAUUCACUACUCCAACCUCUCAAGACAGUCCUUUCUACUUUUGAACAGCUUCAAUUGCUAAGAACUUUUCCUUUAAAUCAAACUGAAAUCUAUUUUUUACCAUAUUUCUCUUUUAUAUGUUGUCUUCUGCCAUUAGAAUGUAAGCUCCUUGAGGGUAGAGUCUGCCUUUUUUUUGCUUGUAUUUUUACUCCCAGUGCUUAGCAUAGUGCCUGGCACAUAGUAAGCACUUAAUAAAUACUUAA